AAGAUAGAUUUCACUAUAAAGGCGGAUGGUGGAAGAAACCAACACCUACAGCAUCGCCUGUUACCGGGUCAAGAUGAAGACGAUACUUUAUUUGGCUGUAGUUUUCACAUUGGCUUUAAGUGCCAAUGCCGGAGGGGCAGACAAGGAUUUGGACUGGUGGGAAAAGACAAUAUUCUACCAAAUCUACCCAAGGUCCUUUAAGGACAGCAAUGGCGAUGGCAUAGGAGAUCUGAACGGCAUCACAUCAAGUCUGGAAUAUUUGAAAGAGAUGGGAGUUGGGGCAACAUGGUUGUCGCCUAUUUUCAAAUCGCCAAUGUACGACUUUGGCUAUGAUAUUUCUGAUUUCUAUGAAAUUCAAGAAGAAUACGGUACUAUGGAAGAUUUUGAGAAACUCAUGGCUAAGGCUAAGAAACUAGAUAUUAAAAUAGUUCUGGAUUUCGUACCAAACCACACGAGUAAUGAAAGCGUGUGGUUUCAAGAGGCAUUGCGAGGUCACGAGAAAUAUUACAAUUACUUUAUUUGGGAGGAUGGAGUUGUUGACAGUAACGGUAAAAUGCAUCCACCUAACAACUGGGUCAGUGUUUUCCGUAAGAGUGCCUGGGAAUACAGGGAAGAAGUCGGCAAGUACUAUCUUCACCAGUUCGUCAUCGGACAACCAGAUCUGAACUUCCGCAACCCUGAUGUCGUUGAAGAAAUGAAGAACGUCAUUCGUUUCUGGUUAGACAAAGGAGUUGCAGGCUUCAGGGUUGACGCUAUCGCACAUUUGUUCGAAGUUGAUAAGAAAGACUUUGGUGGAAAAUACCCAGAUGAACCACUAACGGGUUAUACCAAUGAUCCCGAUAACUAUGAUUACACAGACCACAUUUACACUAAAGAUCUCGAUGAGACCUUUGAUAUGGUCUACCAAUGGAGGGAAGUUUUUGAUGAGUUUAAAGAGAAAGAUGGUUUGAGUAGAGUUAUGAUGACUGAAGCAUACUCAAGCCCGCAAUUGACUAUGAGAUACUUCGGUGAAGGUGAUCGUCAAGGUGCGCAAAUGCCGUUCAACUUUGUCCUAAUUUCCGAUGUCAGCGGAUCAUCCACCGCUGCUGAGAUAAAAUACGCUCUUGAUAAGUUCAUCACAUUUAAGCCGAUUGACAAAUUGUCUAACUGGGUGGCCGGUAACCAUGACAACAAUCGCGUAGCUUCAAGAUUUAGCCCUGAAUUAGUUGAUGGUAUCAACAUGAUUCUCUUACUCAUGCCUGGUAUCGCUGUCACUUACAUGGGUGAAGAAAUUGGUAUGGUUGACGGGUAUGUGAGCUGGGAGGAUACUGUUGAUCCCAGUGGAUGCAACACAGACGAUCCUAUCAACUAUUGGGUGUCCUCUAGGGACCCUGAACGUACUCCAUUCCAAUGGAAUUCAAAGAAAAAUGCAGGCUUUUCAACUGCUGAUAAGACCUGGCUCCCAGUAGCAGACGGUUACGAAUAUCUAAAUGUGGAAGCGCAGCGCAACGCGAAACGAUCUCACCUGAAUGUUUACAAGGAUCUAUCAAAACUUCGCACUAAGAAGGCUUUUAGACAAGGCAGAUACGAGUCCGUCGCUUUCAAUGAAGGAGUCUUUGCUUUUAGGAGGUGGCACGACAAAGAUAACUACAUCGUAAUCAUCAACUUUAGAAACGAAAACUACACCAUUGACCUGCAUUACUUCGAAAAUGUCAAAAAUAAGGUUGAAGUUGUUCUAAGCAGCAUUCAGUCACCGAAAUCAGCAAAGGAUGUUCUCGAACCAAGCAAAUUGAGGAUUCUUGGCAGUGAAGCGUUGGUGCUCAAAGUGAACUAACUAUAAACUUGCUAUAAAAUUAUAGAACAACCAACUGUGGUACAUUUAUUUAUUAAAAUCUUUUAGAUUGGAUGAAGGAUGACUGGAAGUGGGUUGUACAGAAUACAUUGUGUUGUUAUAAUAAAGCUUUGAGUUGAAAACACUAAA